UUUGUAAUUUGUAAGAAGUAAGAAGAACAAUUCCCCUCUCUCCUCUUUUUCUCUUGCAAUUUUGCAGAGAUGGCGGCAUCAAUGUUUCUUCGAAGGUCGCCAUUGAAGCUCCUAUCUCAAUCUCGAAGCUUCCACAUUCUCUCUUCUCCUCUUUCUUCUUCAACUUUAUUCCACAAUCAUCACUAUCGUCUUGCCGCCUCCAAUGGCCUCCACUCUUUCUCCAACAUUCCCGACGAGGAACAAUUGUCCUCCAUGACAUCUAUAUAUGAUGGUCUAAAGAGGUUAUACGAACAGAAGCUGAAGCCAUUAGAGCUUACUUAUCAGUUUAACGAUUUUGCAUCACCUGUAUUAUCAGAUAGCGAUUUUGAUGCAAAACCUAUGGUCAUGCUUCUGGGACAAUAUUCCACUGGGAAAACAACCUUCAUCAAACACUUGCUAAAAACCGCUUAUCCUGGAGCACAUGUCGGGCCAGAGCCAACUACUGAUAGAUUUAUUGUCAUUAUGUCUGGACCUGAUGAAAGACGUAUACCGGGUAACACAAUUUCUGUUCAAGAAGACAUGCCGUACAAAGGUCUUACGAUGUUUGGUUCUGCCUUUCUGUCAAAAUUUGAGUGUUCUCAGAUGCCACAUCCGCUUCUGGAGCAUAUGACUCUCAUUGAUACCCCUGGUGUAUUAUCAGGGGAGAAGCAACGAAUUGAAAGGAGUUAUGACUUCACUGGUGUGACAUCUUGGUUUGCUGCCAAGUCUGACCUCAUUUUGCUCCUUUUUGAUCCCCACAAACUCGAUAUUAGUGAUGAAUUCAAGCGUGUGAUCUCAUCACUACAAGGCCAUGAUGAUAAGAUACGUGUUGUUUUGAACAAGGCAGAUCAAGUGGACACUCAGCAGUUGAUGAGAAUUUAUGGAGCCUUGAUGUGGUCACUCGGAAAGGUUCUAAAUACUCCUGAGGUUGCUCGUGUCUACAUUGGCUCUUUCAAUGAUGGGCCUUUAAAUGAAGCAGCUACUGGUCCAAUGGGACAGGACCUUUUCUUAAAGGAACAGAAUGAUCUUCUUGCUGAUCUUAAAGAUAUUCCAAAGAACGCUUGUAAUCGAAGAGUUAACGAAUUUGUAAAGCGUGCUAGGGCAGCUAAGAUCCAUGCUUUAAUCAUCAGUCAUCUGAAGAAAGAGAUGCCUGUUUUGAUAGGCAAGGCCAAGGCACAAGAGAGUCUUAUUGAGAACUUAGAAUUGGAAUUUAAGAAGGUCCAAAGGGAGCACCACUUAGCAGCAGGAGAUUUCCCGGACGUGGAGCAUUUCCAGGAAGUUCUCCAAGAUUAUAAUAUCGACAAAUUUGAGAAGUUGAAACCGAAAAUGAUUCAAGCUGUUGAUGAGAUGCUCGGCUAUGACAUCCCAGAGCUUCUAAGAAAUUUUAGAAGUCUAGACAACUAGUGAUUUAAAUUCGGAGAAAGUCUGCUAGUACAGAAAAAAAUAAUGCUGUGCUAAACCAAGUGGCAAGUACCAAGAUAAACCUUGGAAAUUUUGGUUAACCUCUGAUGUAUACGCCCUUGUAGUCGGGGAAUUGUUAUUUAUGGGUAGCAUUACCCUUGCAUAUUGUAUUGGUUUUAUGGUAGUACUUUUACAUUAUUUCUUGCUUACUGUCGUGAGUGACUUUGAAUGCCCUGUUCAUCUCUUGUUCGCAAAGAGAAACAUGAGACUUCUUGUAUAAUUUUUCUCUAUUUGUGUCUACGUUACUGAAAUCUUGUACGCACUGUCAAUCAAGAUAUUGAUCAGAUAUCGAUCUCAAAAAGUCUUACACGUAUAA